UGGGACAUUGAGUUUGUCAUUGCUGGCAGAAAGAUGGCAGGCGUGCAGCCGCCACCUCUUCGCAGUCUGAAUGAUUUUCUCCCGAGCUCGGCCCGGUUCGCUGCGCCCGAUGUGCGCGACCUGGAACGCUGGAACAACCGCAUCAUCAACAACCUGCUGUACUACCAGAGCAACUGCCUGGUGUCGGCGUUGGGCCUCCUGCUGGUGGUGGGGUACUUCCAGCCCCUCCAGCUGGUCGUCGGGGCUACGGUGGUCACCUUGUUGUUCCCGAGCUUCGUGUGGGUUGCCGAAAACCAAGCUUCCGUUCGUUGUUUUCGUAGAAACCACCCUACAAUCUCCUUGUUGGCCAUUCUCUUGGCCAGCUACCUGUUUGUGUUGGUGCUGGGAGGUGUGGCACUGUUCCUGUUUGGGAUCGCCUUCCCUUUACUGAUGGUUCUGGUCCAUGCUUCGGUGAGGCGGCGAAACCUGAAGAACAAACUGGAAAACAAGCUGGAGAGCAUCGGCCUGAAGAGGACACCCAUGGGACUCCUGCUAGAAGCCCUGGGACCGGAACAGGAGACUGGAACCUAAAGAGGAAAGGGUAGCGGGGCAGGGCAUCCGAAGAGAAAUGGAUGUCAGUUGAGUGGAAAAGGUGAAGAAUAGAGUUGUUAGAAUGGUUGUUCAAUUAUAGUUAGGGCUUGUAAAUAAAAGGGGGGGGGGGUGCCGCGGACGCUAUGGCCGACACGGCUCGGGUGGGAGUGCGUGACAAGAGACCGAAAUGCGUGACGCUGUAUAAUUUCCUGUUCAAAGACAGACAGUCCGUCUGUCCAAUCAGAAGGGUCCGACCUCUGCUAUAAGGCCCUACCCUUUCCGUAAGAAGUUAAUUUAGUUGUUUUUUCCUAUUUGACGUUGUGUUUUGCACUUCAGGGCCACUGUAGCUUUUCCCAUAAAUUAGAACUUUAUCUUCCGAACUUUUCUCUAAAUAGUUUCACUUGUUUUUGUCUUAUAAUCACUUGACUUUCUCAUUCAUAGGAACCGUGGAAGUAUUAUGCUCAUCAACUCAUCAACCCUUCACACCGGGAAGACGCUUUAUUUGAAAUAGUCUUCUAUUCAGCAGAGCCGCAGGAUCACAAUGAGGAUUCUCUUAUUGUAUUGAUGUUAUAUGAUCCACUGAAAAUGAAUACUCUUUUCCCUACCAUUUAGUGAAAUUCCAUGUUGCAUUGAAGAGUUAUUUAAAUAACAUGCAGUGAGAAGGAGCAGGGGGGGGUGAGGGACAAAAGGAAGCAGCUCAGUCUAAGACUCUUUGUGGGGCAUACUGGAGUUGAUACAAAACCCAUACAAGCACAUGUGAAGGAAACACAUGAGUCAUUUCUAGUUCUUCAGCCACAGCCCUCUAUUGCCGCUCUCUGCAGCCAAUGAAUGACUUUGAACUUACCCUUUAAUUCCUAUUAAAACUUAAAUCCUUGUUUGACUCCGCCAACACAAACUUUUUUCCCUGUAACCUACUCUGGGGUUUCAGCCAUGCUGGUCCAUUAUUCUCCACAAAUAGUGGAUGAAGAGGAUUGGAAUUUGGCUGCAGACAUUGAAGAAGCCUAUUGACAUAGUUGAUCCUCUGAGGUGUCUACUAGUUCAGAUAGUUUUUUGAUUAUAUUUGGAAUUAUUUCAACAUUUAAUAGAUUGACCAGUGAAACAUGUUUUGGUCGAUCGUCAAGUCAUGCUUAAUGAAUACACCAAGAUGCCAAGACUCACUAGCAUAGUGUUUGGUUCCCUGCUUCAUUUUUAAAGGACAAUGUUGUGUUGUUACAUGUCAUUAAGCUGAUGAGUACUUAGAAGCAGCUAUUCCUCUAAAUUCUACUCUACUGUUUUAAAAAUGUAAUUCCAUAGCUAAUGAUUUUGAAGCCGAGGCAGACGAAAGGCUGAAGGUAUUUGAGUGAUUGAAAUUGAAUGCUUCAGCUGCCUGUUAUGGGGACGAUGAAAUAUAUUUAUGCAUGUGGAAUUUGGGAUGACUGCGUCACAUAAAAACAGCCAACUUGAAAGGCUGAAGAAAGGGAGUUAUAUCAAGAGAAAGCCACAAGUGAGGUUGACACCGCUAGCGUUACUUUUAUCCCGGUUAACCUAUUCAUGAAAAAUAGUGAGUUAACAGCUACACCCUGAGUAGACUUAGGGACUUUUAACAUAGGACAAAAGGGACUUUAGAGCAACGUAUGUCCUGGGGAUUUCUGUAAAUCGCCAGACCUCUUGUGUGAAAGCUAACUGGUGUCAGUCUGUUUGGUGAAACAUCAUGCUAAUUGAAUAUUAUUUUUCUAUGGUUCAACUUGUGACUUCAUUUGAUUAUGUUAGGAAGAAACACCCUUUUGAAUUUAAAUGAAUUAUCUUUUCAGACUUA